UGCAUCUUGAUUCUCUCACAAUUCUUGGACUUCAUAUUAUAUUUUCAUCCUUUUGUUAUCGAGAGAACUCAAGAUCUCAGAAACCCAACUGAAAAAGCUAUCAAAUUUACCCCAAAUCACCAGUCCACAGCAGGUCCUUUUAAAGUUAUUGCCUUGGAUUCACUGAUUUUGGGUGAAUCCGGAGAUGGGUGUUGGUAUAUCAGUGUUGAUAGCCCUCAAGGCAACGGUUCUAUUCAUCUUCUUUACUUUCCUUAAGAACCUUGGUUUUUCAUUGUUGUCUCUGCCAUUCUUGUAUGCAUCGUUGAUAUCUUUUCUAGUUUCAAUUGCUUCUCACCCAUCCAUUGACCUGCCCAUGCUUUUGGGCAAGAAUUCAGAUGGGUCUUUCCCUAUCUGGUCAAUCAUUAUGUUCAGCCCCUAUUUAUUUUUUGUUAGAUUAUUUUGUUCACUGAGAAGAUUGAAAAGUGGUGAGGCACCCUAUAGUGAGAUUUAUGAGGGUGUGUAUGUUGGUGGGUGGCCUUCUUCUCCUGAUAAAUUACCUCCUGGUGAUCCUGCCAUUAUUGACUGCACUUGUGAGUUUCCUAGAAAGUCGGAACUGACUGGGCACGCUUAUUUGUGCAUCCCCACAUGGGAUACAAGGACCCCUCAGCCAGGCGACAUUGAGAGGGCUGUGAAGUGGGCAUGUCGAAAGAGGGCCCAGAAUAGGCCUGUCUUUGUGCACUGUGCAUAUGGUCAUGGAAGAAGUGUUGCUGUGAUGUGCGCGCUCUUAGUGGCUCUGGGUGUGGUGGAGGAUUGGAAGAAGGCUGAGCAGCUCAUCAAACAGAAAAGACCUUAUAUUCGAAUGAACGCUCUUCACCGCGAAGCCUUGGAAGAAUGGUCAAAGGACCGAUUAUCUCCUCCUAAGAUGACUGAAGGCAUGAAUGCAACUUCUGGGAUUCUCACUGAUGCUUCCCGUAGGCCUCGAUCGGACAAAGCUAGAGAAUAGAACUGAUUGAAAUGCUUCCUUAUCUAUGUUGUACUGCAAUAGCACUGACCAUUACCAACUCUUUCAAGGAUUGCUUAGUUAUUGUUUCUGACCAUUAUCAACUCUCUUCAAGGAUUGAUUACUUAUUGAUUUGUGGGUUAAAUUCAUUGAAUUCUGGUUUAUUA